CCGGUUUUCAUGAUUUUUAGUUCAUAAAGUUGAUUAUGAUUUUUACAGACGGAUAUUAUAUUUGUUUUAAUUGAGGUGUUCUUGUAAGCAAAGAUGGGGAAAGAGAAGGGUGGGUUUCUUACGCCGAAGGCGAUUGCCAAUCGAAUCAAAGCCAAGGGCUUACAGAAGUUGAGAUGGUACUGCCAGAUGUGUCAAAAACAGUGCCGUGACGAGAAUGGGUUUAAGUGUCACAUGAUGUCCGAGUCUCAUCAGAGACAGUUGCUGCUGUUUGCUGAAAACCCAGAUGAAUACGUUGAUACGUUUUCCAAAGAUUUUGAGGAGGACUACUUAGAGUUGCUGCGUCGGCGGUUUGGCACGAAGCGCGUGCACGCGAACAUCGUGUACCAGGAGUACAUCAACAACCGCGACCACGUGCACAUGAACUCCACCAUGUGGGAGACACUCACCGACUUCGUCAAGUGGGUCGGAAAAGAAGGAAAGUGUAUUGUUGACUACACGGAGAAGGGCUGGUUCGUGGCGUACAUCGACCGAAACCCCGAGGCAAUCAAACUGAUGGAGUCGAAGCAGAAGAAGGAGAAGAUGGAUCUGGACGAUGAGGAGAAGACGGCCAAGUUCAUUCAGCAGCAGAUCGAGAAGGCGGCGUACACGGAGAAAAACACAAAACUGGUCGUUGAGUUCACCGAGCUACAGAGAGAAGACGACGAUGAAAAAGUUACAUUCAGUCUGGGGCAGACGUCGAAGAAGACGGAAGAUACAAAGAUUCAAGCUGUUGAUAAUCCCUUCAAGAAACCCGUCAAGCCCGAGGUGAAGAAACCAAAACACGAAUCUCGGUGGGAUCCAGUUCCAGAGGAGGCGCCAUCGUCAAGUCACAAAACAGAGAAGGUCGCACAGAAGAGGAAGGCCAAGUCAGCACUUGAUGAAAUCAUGGAGUUUGAGGAGCAGAAGAGAGAGAAAAUGAACAGAAAAGAUUACUGGCUUCAUCCGGGAAUUGUUGUUAAAAUCGUCUCCAAGAAACUUGGUGACAAAUAUUACAAGAAAAAGGCUUACGUCAAGGAAGUGCAGGAUUUAUACGCUGGGUUGAUCAAAACAAUUGAUGAAGGAGUAACUCUCCGUGUUGACCAGACUCACGUAGAAACCGUGAUACCUGCAAUAGGUAAGCCUGUGAUAAUAGUGAAUGGUGCGUACCGUGGGACGGAGGCAAUCCUGGAGGACAUAGAUCAGAAGAAGUUCAGCUGUACAUUAAAGAUUAAUUCUAGUUUACUCAAAGGUAGAAUAUUGAAAGAAGUCCAGUAUGAAGACGUCAGCAAGCUCUACCAGCCGUCAUGACACGAGUCGGUGUGAAGAGUCAGCAGUUUAUCAGGUCCUGCUGGUGAAGGAAAUGAAAAAACAUAAUGCCAGCAUGCAAACACUGGUUGAUAAUAAUGGAUAAUAAUGGAUUUUCUUGAGGUCCAAUUUAUCAGAAUCAGUAUUGGCAUCCAGAAGCUGGUUGUUAUGAAUUUCCUUGAGGACCGGUUUUGAGAUGCUGGUCGAUAUUAUUGAGAAUAUUAUCAAACUACUGCAGUCAAUUAAUGGUUCUUCUGACUGCUUAUUGAAGACUGAAUAGUGUUUGUAGAUGAGAACAAACUGAAUGGUUUGGAACCGGAAAACUUCAGUGAUGAACCCAAUUUGUCAUUACAGAUAGUUCAUUCAUCAUUUCAUACCACAGAGAAGCCUUCAUACGGCUUAAUGUAGACAGUGAUGGACAGGUUUGAUAUGUCCAAUCUCUACCACUGGGAAAAGUUUGUAUUCUGUACCACCGAACAACCUUGCUGAUAAUACAACUAAAGAUUGUCAUGGGACAAGAGGUGACCUUUAAGCAGAACCUACAGGUUAUAUCCAGACAGCUGCUAUGUGGUUCCAGAUACUUGAACAAGUAUUCAGAGAGGUGUUUUUGUAUGAACCCAUAACUGGACAAAAGAUGAUAGCCAUAGAGCAGGUGGCUUAUAACAAUAUUGAGCUGUGACAUCUUACCUAAAUGAGAAUGAGAACAGAACUUGCUAAACAUGGUUAAUGUUGAACAGAUGUCAAAAUAAUAGACUGGGUAAUCGGUGACAGAACCAACUGUACUUAGAAAUAAAUACACCAGCUGGUGUUUAUUAAUA